AUGCCUUCGAACCAACUGCACACUACCAUGCUGCUUCUUAUUUUAGGUAACAUGUGCUUCAUCGGUGCAAUACCAAGUACAGUGUCCCGUUCAAAACGACAAACAUACGUUUAUGAUGAGUCAUUGAAGCAAUAUGCAAGACCUCAUCCAAGAACAAGGAUUAUGACCGGUACGGUUGGACGAUACGCACCGCAUGAAUGGCCUGAUUGGUACACACGCACUUUAUUUAAAUGGAAUGGAGAGUUUCGUAUGGGACCAUAUCAUCCAAACGAUGUCCGUUAUGAAAGAUAUCAACGUUCUAGAAAUUAA